AUUUAAUGUAAGUGCCCUACCGGUAUCUACUUCAGUGCUGUUUCCCGCAAAACCCAAUUAGGAUUAUUUUCCUUAUUUAGCUUCGUGGGUUCAUGCUAACAAUCUUCAAAUCUCAGCCUCUGCGAAUCCAUGGCAAACGACGCCGUACUCCGUUCCUCUCUGAUAUGGCUAGCCGCGAUUAUAUUGGUGGUUGGGAUAUCUACGCAGUCUUUCAAGAAAAUGAUUGCCACGUACGUGGUGGGUGUGCUUGGGAUUGCCGGGGUGCUCUUGCCGGAUUGGGGCUACUUUAAUCGCGAUUUCUCUAGGUGGACCUCUCCGAUUACUGCCGAGGAAAGGGCCGCUCAAAUUGCUCAAAGAUCUGGAUCGAAGAGGUUUAGGAUCCAUUAUAUGAGGCUGGCUAUCUAUACUGCAGUUUAUGGCUUCGCUCUGAACAAGUGGUGGAUGUUUGUAUCAAACUAGUAAACUAGAUUUUAAUUUCGAGAAAUGCUACAUAUACUUAAACUUUUACGAAGGGAGACUUACUAAGAUAAUGUAGAGCUUAUUCAUUGGUACCCGUAACAUUUCUUUUUAUUAAUUGUUUUGGUCAUCUCCAAUGAAUAAGCUUCACAUCACAUAAGGAUCUUUUUGUAAAAGUUUAAAUACAUGUAGUAUUUCUCUCUAAUUUCUGCGGUACAAAGAGCGUUUUGUGGUACCUUGAUGUAUGGAAGUCAAUAAGUCAUAAUGUUUCCUUAAUUAUUUCGGUUUUUGCAAAAUUGUAACUUUUGGGUCUGCAUGACUCCAACUACUCUAUAUGCUUGGGUCUGCAAAAUUGUUAUCCCUUGUUUUCUCUCUAUAACAUGAAAUUUUUAUGUGUUU